CCAAAUAUGGCAGAAUACUGGAAAUCAGCCCCCAGAUAUUGGUGCAAACAAUGCAAGAUUUUCAUACGAGACACAGCAUUCGAGAAAGCCCAACACGAGGCCACAGGCAAACAUCAAGGAAACCUGAAGCGGUUCCUACGAGACAUACACCGCGACAACGAGCGCCAGCAACGUGAAACCCAGAGAGCCAAGAAUGAAGUUGAACGACUAAGACAAACCGUCGCCGGCAACGCCCCCGGGAAGAGUAGCGAUGCAGCUCCCUGGAAACGAGCACCUCCGGUUUCUGAAGUGCCCCGGCGCCCGGCUUCGCUGGAUGAGCGGAAGAAGCAGAUGGCGCAAUUGGCGGACAUGGGCGUUGCGAUUCCGGAAGAGUACCGUGGUGAUAUGGCGCUUGCUGGGGAGUGGCAGACGCUCUCCGAGAAAGUAAUUGGGGCGGAAGAGGGGGAGAAGACUGGCCCUUCGCUUGGGGUUCGCAAGCGGAAGCAUGAGGGGGAUGAGGAGGAAGAGGAGGCGAAACGGGAGGCGGAGAGGUUUGUUAGCAAGGGUUGGGGAUCGAGGACUCGGGAGUAUCCUGGUGCGCAGGAUGACGAGGACUUGGAUGCGCUGCUGGAAUCUUCGAAGGAGGUUAAGAAAGCCAGACCUUCGAGUUCUGAGGUGGCUCCGACGGAGAGUGUCAAGGAGGCUGAUGAUGUACCAGCCAAGGAUGAAGCUGAUCCCGUGGCUACAGAGUCUGACCAGGUGCCUAAAACUGAACAUGAACCGGCUGAAGCUGCUGCUGUGCCCUUAACGCCUGCAGCCAAGAGUGAGCCAGAAGAGCCGACCUCAGGCGUUGUUUUCAAAAAGCGCAAGCCGAAGGUUAUGAGGAAAUAGAUGAACACUGGGUAUGCGCUACAGGAUGUCUACGUUGCGCCACUUCAUGUAUCAAAUGGAUGUCACGCUCAUACCGAGGUGUUGAUUCACAGUCUAGUGCGUAUCCCGGCCAUACUUGACCAAGGAUAAAGUAUGCUGUUCUCUCAAUUGUUGCUUACUUUUAAAAGCUCGUUGAGAAAGGAUGAUGAAUAUACCAAUUUGACUACAUGCACUGUGAAUGGUCACCCGAUGGGAAAGAAUCCCGGGUCAACUGCCAUUCAAUCUCACCAGCAUCAUUGCCACCCAUCCAUUGAUGAAUGGAUCCUCGGUUAUGAGCUUUUAGCUUGUCCAGGGGUGUGAAAUACGCUGAAGAGUGCCAUGCUCCUUCUAGAGAUACUCAGCGGUUGAAUAAAUCAAUGCAUUGGCAUCUACGGAAAAUUCGGGAGAACUUCGAGGUCUUCUUUUUUCUUGAAGGCGACUGUAUACGAAGGAAAAUUAGAUAGCAAGAAUAGGA